AUGAUCAAGAUCUUCUUGCUGUUGGGGGAUACUGGGUCUCUUGAAAAUGACAUCAAUCAAGAUUUUCAGGAUGCCAUUGAUGUAAUUCAGCGUCACUCUCAGAUACGGCAUUAUGACACAGAAAAUAAAUACUACGAGAAUUUGGAAAGUCAACAGUCCUCUGUGAGACAUGCUAUCUCAUACUAUCAGUUCACACCUCAUUUUGAGCCUCCAGGAGCGAUGUAUGACUGGAAUGAAUCCUCAUCAUGGUCUCACAUUGUGCCAGAUGUGGCUCUGGGGCCAUUGUGUUCUGCUGAGCCUUCAGCGUUUUACUCAAAUUUACCACAGCGCCAUGGAAAAGGUCGUAAGAAGUUACGCUUAUAUGAAUAUCUGCAUGAGGCUCUUCACGACGACAACAUGGGAGACUCCAUCCAGUGGAUGGACAGAGGGAGCGGCAUCUUCCAUUUCAUCUCAAAAAAUAAAGAGAAACUGGCUGAAUGCUGGGGUCAACGCAAGGGCAACCGCAAGACCAUGACCUACCAGAAAAUGGCACGCGCUCUCCGCAACUACAGCCGCACGGGUGAGAUUGUGAAAGUGCGUCGCAAGCUCACCUAUCAGUUUAAUCCAGCUAUACUGCAGCGAUUGAGCUCACUGUCAGGCUACAGCUCAGGCCCUUCAUCCAGAGACAUGGCCCUUCAUCCACAAGGCUCUGCUGAGCACAUCUACUACAGCUCUCCUCUACCAGACUGUCAUUACUGGUACGGCCAAUACUCUCACCAGUGCGAGUACGAUCUUGCUACUGUACUGACAAUGCAUGAGGACCCCAAAAUAGGUGUUUCAGCUCAGUGA